AUGGGCGCCGCCGACAACAACGCCGCGCCGCGGCAGGGGCAGCAGCCGGAUGGGGGCCGAGGGCGGGCGCCGGCGCCGGGGCAGCGGGAGGUGAAGGUGGUGGUCAUGGACGAGCCUGCGGCGGCCGUGUCGAGGCUGCAGGCGCAGCGGCCCGUGGCGCCGCUGCAGGUCACCACGCAGGCGCCGCCGCCGCCCAUGUCGGUGGCCUCCGGCGGCGAGGACCCGCCGCCGCCCGCGGCGGCCUACCCGCCGCUCAUGCAGCAGACCCCACCACAGCCACUGGCGUCGCUCAACUCGCGCGUGUACACCAACCAGAUCACGCUGUGCCUCUUCCUGCUGCAGCUGGCGGCGGCGGGGCUUGCCGUCGGCUUCUUCGUGUACCGGGCCGUCAAGGACAUCGUGCAGGACCCGCGGUCCCGCAAUGCGCGGCGCGAGCAGAGCCUGCUCCGCCAGUGGCUGCCCCCCGUGGAGGGCGCCGUGGCGCUCAGCAUUCUGCUGGCGUUCGCGUGGCAGAAGGCGGUGCGCGCGUGGCCGCGCGCCAUGGUGACCGUCAUCCUCUGGUCGGCCUUCGGCGUCACGCUCGCCGUCGGCUCCCUGCUCAUGUGCUUCUCCAUGCCGGCCACCGUGGGGCUCGGCGUGGCCUUGGUGGUGUUCUCCAUCGGCACCGGGCUGUACGCGUGCUGGGUGACCCGCCGCGUCGGGUUCACGGCGCGGGUGUUCGAGAAGGCGGUGCAGCCCGUGGACAAGUUCCGCGGCCUCAACGGGCCGGCGUACCUCAUGGUGGCCGCCGGGUUCGUGUGGAUCUCCGUGUGGUGCGUGGCCGUCAUCGGCGCCGUCAACUUCCGGUUCCCCGGCCUGACCAUCCUGGCGCUGGUGGUGAGCCUGGCGUGGACCGCCGAGGUGAUGCGCAACGUGGCGAACCUGACGGCCAGCCGGGUGAUCGCGCUCUACUACCUCCGCGGCAUGCAGUCCAGCGUGCAGUUCAGCUUCCAGCGCGCGCUGUCGUACAACCUCGGCAGCGCCUGCCUCGGCUCGCUCUUCGUGCCCACCAUCGAGGCCCUCCGCAUCCUCGCCCGCGGGCUCAACCUGCUGGAGGGCGAGGACGAGUUCAUGUUCUCCUGCGCGCACUGCUGCCUCAACGUCAUGAACGCCGUGUUCGAGUUCGGCAACAGCUGGGCAUUCGUCCAUAUCGCGGCGUACGGGAGGGGGUUCGUGCAGGCGUCGCGGAGCACGUGGAACCAGUUCGAGGGGCAGCCGGGGAUGCCGGCGCUGGCGGACGCGGACAUCACGAGCUCAGUGUGCUUCCUGACGGGGGUGACCAGCGGCGCGCUGUGCGUGGCGCUGGCCGGGUCGUGGACCUUCGUGACGCACAAGCACUACACGGCCACGGUGUCGCUCAUGGCGUUCUACGUGGGGUACCUGAUGACCCGGAUCGGCAUGGCGCUGCCGCAGGCGUGCGUGGGCUGCUACUACGUGUGCUACGCCGAGAACCCCCGCUCCCGGCUCUUCGAGGACAGCCCCAUAGGGGAGCGGCUGAAUAAGAUGGAGGAGGACGGGCAGGACGCCGUCGGGGUCGCGCCCACCCCGCGGUUCCCGCACCAGCACGUCAGCGCCGCCUGA